GUGUCUCAAUUUCUAUCCAACCAAGCUAACAUACUGUACCAAAACUACUGAACUACUACAAAUGUUUUGCUCUUCCUUGAAGAUACAAAGGUUCUCUCUCUAUAUAUAUAUCAAGUCUGAGCAUUUUGCACUUUCUUUUUCUACUAACAACAACUAAACCAAACUUUGACAUUUAAUUGCUCACCUUAUUUAGACAAAAAGGACUCCUCAACCGCCUAUGACAAUCAUCUUUUAUCUCUUCACCAUCUGCUUGUCAUGUCUCUAUCUGAACUCGGAUUCCAUCAGCCGUUCUGAUUUUCCAGAGGGCUUCAUUUUUGGAACUGCUUCUUCAGCUUAUCAGUUUGAAGGUGCAGUGGAUGAAGGAAACAAGGGAAUUAGUAUAUGGGAUACCUUCAUCAAGAUACCAGGAAGAAUACUGGACUUUAGCAAUGCGGACACAGCAGUGGAUCAAUAUCAUCGCUUCCAGAGUGACAUAGAGUUGAUGAAGAAAAUAGGAAUGGAUGCCUAUAGAUUUUCAAUAUCUUGGACACGAAUAUUUCCAAAUGGAACAGGGGAACCAAAUCCAGAAGGAAUCCAAUACUACAACAAUCUCAUAGACGCCUUACUUCAAAAAGGAAUUCAACCCUAUGCAACACUGUUUCACUGGGAUCUACCACAAAUGCUUGAAGAUUUGUACGAGGGAUUUUUGAGCUAUCGAAUAAUACAUGAAUUUGAACGAUACGCUAUAACUUGUUUCAAAGCAUUUGGGGAUAGAGUAAAGCAUUGGAUCACCUUUAACGAGCCUCACGGUUUUACAAUUCAAGGUUAUGACUCAGGAGUUCAAGCUCCAGGAAGGUGCUCUAUUCUUUUCCACGUUUACUGCAGGAAAGGAAAAUCGUCUAUCGAGCCAUAUAUUGCAGCACAUAACAUUCUGUUGUCUCAUGCUGCUGCUUAUCAUGCUUACCACAAAAAGUUCAAGGCAAGUCAAGGAGGCAAAGUGGGGAUAGCAUUAGAUGCUAAAUGGUAUGAGCCGCUUUCAGAUUGCGAAGAAGACAGAGCUGCAGCAAGUAGAGCAAUGGAUUUUGGACUUGGCUGGUUCCUUGAUCCACUUCUACUUGGGAAUUAUCCUCUUUCAAUGCAGAAGUUGGUGGCAGAAAGACUGCCUGAGAUCAGUCCCGAGGUGUCAAAACUGCUCAAGGGGUCUUUGGAUUUUCUUGGCAUCAAUCACUAUACCACGUUAUAUGCUCGGAAUGAUAGAGCAAGGAUCAAGAAGCUUGUAUUGAAUGAUGCUUACUCUGACUCUGCUGUGAUAACUACCCCUUUCAGGCGUGGAGUCGCAAUUGGAGAAAAGGCUGCAUCUGGUUGGCUGCGCAUUGUCCCCUGGGGCAUUCGGAAAUUAAUGAAUUACAUCAAAGAUAAAUAUGGAAACCCGUUGGUGAUUAUUACUGAAAAUGGUGUCGAUGAACCUAACAAAUCGCGUAUCACAUUAAAUGAUGCGUUACAAGAUGACAGCAGAAUAAUUUACCACAGAGACUACCUCUCAAAUCUUUCUGCUGCCAUAAGGGAAGACAACUGCAAUAUCAAAGGUUACUUUGUUUGGUCACUACUUGAUAACUGGGAAUGGAACUCAGGUUAUACUGUACGGUUUGGACUAUACUAUGUAGACUUCAAGAAUAAUCUCACAAGGAUACCAAAAUCCUCUGCUAAGUGGUUCAAAAGCAUGCUGAUGUCAAAGAGAAACCUGAACAUAGAGUAAAGAAACCUGCUUAAUGCGUUUGAAUACGCUGAUGACAGAAGCAAAGAUGAUACUGUAAAAUUUGAUCAAUGUAUAUUAGUAUCAUUUCUUGUACAUUUUGUGACAUAAGAUACUGUAAAAUUGGAUCUAUGUACAUUAGCUUUCAUAGCCUGUAAAUUUUGUACCAUUAACGAAGAAUACAGGACAUAGUUGAAUGCAAUUGUUCAAUAAAAUACAAAAAAUUCAGAGGAAGAUGAA